AUGACCUCGCUGAUUCAUUUGACAUUGUUGCUUGUUUCAGCUGGACUUAAAAUCGUAUCGGCACAGGAAUUUGGUGUCGAUGAGUUAUUGCGGUCUUCAAUCAGCAGAUUCAAUUAUCCAGUUGAGCUUCAUCCGGUGGAGACGAUUGAUGGUUACAAACUGAUGAUGGCUCGGAUUCCGGCUCCCGGAAAACCAAUAUUAUUUUGUAUGCACUCAUUUUUGAGCUCUUCUGCUGAGUACACGGUUUUUGGACCGAAAAAAUCACUGGCUUUUCUGGCAUCUGAAGCAGGAUUCGACGUUUGGCUUGGCAAUGGUCGGGGCAACACAUUUUCCCGAGCUCAUCGUACAAUUGAUCCCAAUCAGCGGAAAUUUUGGAGCUUCAGUUUCCACGAGGCUGGCGUCUACGAUCUUCCGGCCAUGAUUGACUAUACGUUGAAUGUGACGCAGAAACAGCAGCUACAUUAUGUGGGCCAUUCACAAGGCUCGGUAAACUUUUUGGUGUUGACCUCGAUGCUUCCACAGUACAACUCCAGGAUUGCUAGUGCACAUUUGUCAGCACCGGUAGCUUUCUGGUCUCAAAAUACACUUCCGUUCAGAUUAAUUGAUGAUCAGCUGAUCGAGGUGUUACACCUUCUGGAUGACGCCGGCUACUGUGAAGUCUUUGGAAGAUCCGAUGAUGAAUUUUACGAACGAUUGUCAGCAACCAUCAAGGGCGGAGGAUCAGUGACGAAAAAUCUUUUCUUUCAAGGACUUUGGAUGAUAAUUGGGAAGGACGAAAAAGGAUUCAAUCAAUCUUCCUUGGAUUCUAUAAUGGAAUUUUUCCCAGCAGGAGCCUCCAUUCGGCAGGCUCUUCAUUUUACUCAAACCUACAAAACCGAAACGUUCAGUCAGUAUGAUUUCGGGAAGACGGAAAACAUGAAGCGUUACGGUCGAGCGAGUCCUCCGGAAUAUCCAUUACAGAAUAUCGUUGCUCCGGUAGCAUUAUACUAUGGCCUGAAUGAUCCUCUGGUUGCCGUUGAAGAUUUAGAGCUGCUUGCCGAAGAACUGCCUAAUCAAAUGAAGAUGCAAAAUUCCAACCAACCGGCGGCGGCUGCUGUGGACGGCACAAAUAUCGCCACUUGCUAUAAGGUCAUCUCCCCUGCUGAUUCUUUCGGCUACCGGCCAUCAACGAACGCAUCAUCCAACCGUAUCCAAAUCAUUCACGGAGGUCAUCUCCAGUAG